CCAAAGGUUCAGAAGACUCGAAAAAGAUUGACACAAGUCAAUCGGGAGUUCGCUGUACCGCAAAAGAAUGUAGAGUCGGUAGUAUUAGGAUCAACUCCUGAUAAGCCAAUUAUCGAAAAACCUAAAGAUUUCUCACAAACUAAAAAAGAAAGGGAAAAGGCGAGGCAUGAAAAGUGGAUACAAAGUCAGUGGUUAUUGUUACUACGAAUGGACAUCGAGGAAACCUUAACGUUUAAUAUAGCUUCGCUGAAGGAAAGUCUUUCUACUGUUGAUAUUUCUGAGAAUCCUGAAUCCCGACCGCGAGGAGCUGGAAAAUCAAAUUCACAAUCUCCAUCAUCUGCAAAGACAAAAGCCGCGAGAAAAAAUAUUGCCAUGAGCGAGAUUCAAAGAUUCCAUAAAGUAUUACAACAUUCCGCAUUCAAAGAUGAUCCUUUGUUAACGAUAAAGCAGCAUGUCGAAAAUACCAUAGAAAGAAAGAAAGAUAUGGCAAAUGGUAAAACGCCAAUGAACGUAGAAUGA